GCGUGCGCGUGUGCGUGUUUACGCUUCGAGUCGUCGCCUAAUCAGGUCAAAUGCUGCGAGAAAGAACCUCGGACGCAGGUAAUUCAAUGGUUUAAGCUUUAGCUGCCGGCGUAGGAAUGAGCGGUGCAAUCCAAAGCCCUUUGGCCAAUCCGGAACCCCGAGGAACGCGAGGCCGGCGUCAGCUCGCGCGCGAAGCCCAGCGUGCGGGGUGACGUACGUUUUGUCAGGCUGAAUGGGCUGUGUGCGCCUCAGCUGGAAGCGCGUGUAGACCGCGGAGGAGGCUCCCGGAAGACUCCUUUCUCUGUGGAAGUUCUAAUGGCUGGCAUGACGCUCGGAAGGGCUUGGCGACAGAUGUCUUGGUUCUAUUACCAGUAUCUGCUGGUUACCGCUCUCUACAUGCUGGAACCCUGGGAGAGGACUGUCUUCAAUUCCAUGUUGAUUUCCAUUGUUGGAAUGGCAUUAUAUACUGGAUACAUCUUCAUGCCUCAACAUAUCUUGGCAAUAUUGCAUUACUUUGAAAUUGUACAGUGAAUAUGGUGUGGUCAAGAAGCAACGGACCAGAGAUUCAUUGCAAGGAAGAAACAAUCUCCCUGGGUUAAAAUGAGACUUCAGCCGAUUCCAGACAUGUUAUUAAUAUAAAGACUAAAUUUCAUAUUACUAGGACAAGGAAGUGAUCCUGAUUCAUGCGUUGUAUUAAUUAAUUAUUCAAGUAUUCCCUUCCUACAAUAGUUUUGUCUACUUUGAUAUUGUGGUUCUUUGUACUCUAAAUAUCAGUAUUUUCUUAACUUUUGAAACUGUUUGACUAUUAUUCUGUGACAGCUUUUCUUGAGUAAACACUGAGUAAAUUUUGAUUGCUUUCUAUUUUUUAAUCUGAAAUCAUGAGUUAGGCCUCUUGCUUUGGUAGUUUUCUGGCACAAAAAUCUACCUGAAUAUAUUUAUAAGUCCAAAAUUUUGUAGAAGUAACAACAAGAUAAAAUGAGAAUAUUUUAAUUGAGAAACUUCUUUGUAAGUUUGUGCUCAUGAGUAGUUUCAGCUGUCUAGAUUGUGCUCAAUACACAACAUUUACUUUGCUUUAGUGCUAUUAAAAAAAUUCUUUUUCCCCUUAACAGUAGAAGAGCAAAGAUCCAUUCUAGAGUUAAUAAAGGAAUACCUAACUUAAUAAAAGCUUGGAAAAGUAAUUGGCUUAGUUAUCAUCAUUAUUUAUGGAAUGCUGACAUCAAGUAUUCGUUUUAUUAAAGUAGUAAAAGGUCACCCUAAAGGAUAUUGCUAAACAUUGUAAUCCUGUAAAAUUGAAUUUCAAUGUUGUCUUUGGUACUUUAAAAAAAAAAAAGGGCAUAUUACUGUUCAGAGUGCAUAAUUAGCAAAACUAUAAUCCCGAAAGCUUUACAAACUUAUUUAAAAAAAAAUUGCAUUUCACACUUUGUGAUGUGUUACAUGUGUUAUAAAAAAUUAUAUUUCUGAAAUGUUUAAAAUUAAUCUUAACUUUAAUCUUCUGCUAUAUUUUUUUCUCUUUUAUAUUUAUUGCUACUAAAGAGGAAUCAUUUUAACUGA